GGGCGGCGCAGGCCUCUGUGCCGCCCAACCGAACAGGCGGCACAUGCCACAUUGCUUUUCAAUCUUCACUUCACACGAUAUUAUUAUUAAUUCCUUCUACUUUAUAUAAUAAAGGUAUUGAAAACCACAACAACUGGCGAACGAGGAUUUGUGAUCCUUGCCCACGGAAGCACACCCACCUCAUCUCUGUGAGGUUCCUUCUGGAAUUUUCUUCAACAUAACCUCACAACUACUUGGCAAAAAUGGCGGAAAAUGCCGCUCUUUUGGACAUUCUGAGGGCAACUCAGGAGCUCCUCGCCCAGCAGCAAGCUCGCAUGGAUGUCUUGGAGGCUUCCUCCAAACCUCCUGCACGUCCGGAACUAACCAUCGAAGCAUUGGCUCCCACCAUUCAAACCUUUGUUUACGAUCCGGACAAUGGCGUCACUUUCGAUUCAUGGUUUUCUCUGCACGAGGAUAUCUUCCGUGAGGACGCCAAAUCUCUCGACGACUCAGCACGAGUGCGUCUCUUGCUCAGGAAGCUCAACCCUCAGAGCCACGAGGGCUACGUCAACUCCCUGCUGCCUAAAGCUCCACGGGAUUUCACUUUUGAUGAAAACAUUGCCAAGCUAAAAGAUCUUUUCGGACGCCGUGAGUCUCUUUUUCACACACGCUGGAGGUGUCUCCAAUUGCAGAAAAAGGAAUCUGAUGAUUUCAAGACACACUCCACUCUCAUCAACCGCGCAUGUGAGGAUUUUAAGCUCAAGGACCUCACUUCCGAGCAUUUCAAGUGCUUGAUUUUCAUUCUCAGUCUCCGCAGUAGCAAAGACACGGAAGUACGCACACGACUUCUCCGUAUGCUCGAGGUUGAGAAACCGGAAACUUUGACCCUUUCGUUCAUGGCCAAUGAGGCAACACGCCUUGUUAAUUUGAAGACUGAAAGCGCUGCGGUGGAGUCCAAGGAUUCUACACAAAACGUCUCUUCUGUCCAGCGGCAUGACAAAGCAUCAAAGGGGGCGUUUCCCAAAAACAAACAAGCAAAGCGCGGAAAUCAACAACCUUCAAAACAGCCCAAAACUCCCUGUUGGUUCUGUGGGGGAAUGCAUUUCGUCAAACAAUGCCCUUUCUCUCAGCAUACCUGCAAGGAUUGCUCACAGGUGGGCCACAAGGAAGGUUAUUGCAAUCAGAAGCAGCAAAAGAGCUCUCAGAACUCUAAAAAGCCACAGGGCAAACCAAAUCAGCAUGCUGCGAAAACCGUGAACGUCUGCGCCGUUGGAAGUGAUCAGCGGAAAUACGUGGACGUCUCCAUCAAUGCAAAACCUGUGAAACUUCUUUUCGACACUGGCGCCGAUGUGACCAUCAUCUCAGAAUCUGUGUGGCAUCAGAUUGGGUCACCGCUUCUGUCGCCUACUCCCACAAAGGCCACAGAUGCGCAGGGGAAUCAAAUUCUCUUCCGUGGCGAAUUCCAGUGCUCUGUGCAAUUCAAUGGGGAUACUCAAUCAGCGAGAUGCCUCGUUUCGGAAGCCGACAUCAAUGUGUUUGGGGUUGAGUGGAUCAAUGUGUUCAGUCUCUGGGACGCACCACUCUCAUCACUUUGCCAUGUCAGUACUGUGUCAACGGAGGACGUGGUCUCAUCCCUCAAGGCUUCCUUCCCGGAUGUUUUCUCUAACACACUGGGAAAAUGCACAAAAUUUCAGCCUCAUCUACAACUGAAGCCAGCAGUGGUUCCAGUUUUCAGGCCAAAACGAUCUGUGCCAUUUCACGUCAUGGAUCUGGUGGAAGAGGAGCUGCAAAGGUUGCUCAACCUUGGCAUCAUCACUCCUGUGGACUACAGUGAAUACGCUGCUCCUAUUGUUGUUGUCCGGAAGCCAAAUGGCUCAAUCAGAAUCUGUGCAGAUUACUCCACCGGACUCAAUAGCAAUCUCGAAACCCACCACUACCCAAUUCCCACUCCUGAUCAAAUUUUCGCUACACUGUCGACAUGCUCAGUGUUCAGCCAAAUUGAUCUAUCGGAUGCUUAUCUACAAAUUGAAAUGGAUGAAGAUUCCCGAAAACUUCUCACAAUCAAUACACACAGAGGACUCUUCACAUUCAACCGCCUCUGUCCGGGAGUAAAAUCCGCACCUGGCAUUUUUCAGCAAAUCAUCGAGACCAUGCUCGCAGGCAUCAGUGGGGUACAUGCCUAUUUCGAUGAUGUGCUCAUAGCAUCCCGAUCCAAGGAGGAACAUCAGAAAACUCUCAUUCAAGUCUUCAAGCGGCUCAGUGAGUAUGACUUCAGAGUAAAAUUGGAAAAGUGCCAUUUUUUUCAACAGGAAGUCCGUUUCCUUGGAUUCAUCAUCACUGCCCAAGGUCAACGUCCAGACCCUGGCAAAGUGGCUGCCAUUGUGAACAUGCCAGCCCCAAAAGACAUUCCUCAGCUCAGAUCCUUUCUGGGCGCAAUCACCUUUUAUGCAAGGUUCGUUGAAUCUCUCAGCACCAUCAGGGCACCACUCGAUCAAUUGCUUCAGAAGGGUGUCAAAUGGAAUUGGACGGAACGGUGUCAGAGGGCAUUCGACCAGGUCAAGCGUAUUCUGUCCUCAGACCUCCUACUGACACACUACAAUCCAGACCUUCCCAUCACUGUUGCUGCAGAUGCCAGUGAGACUGGAAUUGGAUGUGUAGCUUAUCAUACCAUGGAGAAUGGGCAGCUCAAAGCGUUUUAUCACGCAUCUCGUACCUUGACAAACGCAGAGAAGAACUACUCUCAAUCAGACAAGGAAGGCCUAGCUCUGGUUUACGCAGUGAAAAAGUUCCACACGUACAUCUACGGGAGAAAGUUCAUUCUACAAACGGAUCAUAAGCCGCUUCUCUCAAUUUUUGGCUCUAAGAAGGGAGUGCCAGUGCAGACUGCAAACCGACUUCAACGUUGGGCUCUCAUCUUGCUCGCGUACGACUUUGACAUCCAGUACAUCCCAACAAAUGACUUUGGUGGCGCUGAUGUACUCAGCCGUUUGAUUCAGCAGCAAAAGGCAAACGAUGAGGAGUUCGUUAUCGCAUUGGUUAACGAAGAGGUCAACAUUGACAGCAUUCUCAUCAACGAUGUCAACAAAAAGUUCCCAGUCACUUUCAAAAUGUUGGAAACUGCCACUCUUUCAUCUCCGACUCUCCAAGAAGUCGCGGGCUAUGUCCGCAACGGGUGGCCUCGCUCAACAGCAAAUUUUUCUCCGGAAGUGGCAAACUAUCACAAGUUUCGCGAUUCCCUCACCCUCGUCCAGAACUGCAUUGUCUACAGGGAUCGCAUCGUCGUACCACCUACUCUGAGGAGCGCAAUUCUCAAGCAGCUGCACGAUGCUCAUCCGGGUAUCAAUCGCAUGAAGGCGUUGGCUCGUUCAUACGUUUUCUGGCCUCACAUGGACACAGAAAUUGAAAAUGUAGUCAAAUCCUGCUCCAAAUGUGCUGCAGUUGCCAAAAAUCCGAUCAAAUGCAAUCUUUCCUCAUGGCCCCUUGCCACAAGGCCAUGGCAGAGGGUACAUGCUGACUACGCAGGGCCUAUCGAUGGUCAAUGGUUCCUGGUUCUCGUGGAUGCACACUCAAAGUGGCCAGAAGUCUACGCUACUACAUCCACAACAUCAUCUGCUACAAUUUCCAAAAUCUUAGAUGCUUGUGCUCGUCUUGGUUUCAUGGAAACGCUUGUGACAGACAACGGACCUCAAUUUACAAGCACAGAAUUUGCAGAAUUCUGUCAGCUUCGCGGAAUCAAACAUGUGACCACAGCGCCAUUUCACCCCCAGAGCAACGGCCUCGCGGAACGUUUUGUAGACACUCUGAAGCGUUCACUCUCAAAGCUCUCUGGGGAGCACAACAUUCAGGCAGCUCUUGCAAAGUUCCUAAUGUCUUACCGAUGUACACCAAACGUGAACUCAUUCAAUGGAUCUUCACCAGCCGAGAUCAUGCUUGGACGAUCUCUGCGCAACACUCUUUCUCUCACACAACCUCCUGCCGACCAUGGUGACCUUCAGCGAAACACAGCUAUGGAACAACAGUUCAACAAAAAACACGGCGCCAAGGAUCGUUCAUUUACAAGGGGGGAGGAAGUCAUGGCAAAAUGCUUCCGCCGGAACCAAUCUUUUUGGGCUCCUGGAGAAAUUGUCGAGAAGAGGGGCCGUGUUAUGUACAAUGUGCGAAUCUUCCUGGAACAUGGAACCAAGCUCAUUCGAAGUCACAUCAAUCAGCUUCGACCACGCUUCGCCACAAUGGACACGUCAUCUCCUUCUCCUCCAACUGAAGAUCACCCAAACUCCAUACCGUUUGAUUUCGACUAUGGUCUUCAUCCACCUGAGUCAGCUGAUCAAACGCCUGCAACGGUUGAUGUCCCAGCACGUCCUCAGCCUCAACGUCGACCCUAUCGGAACCCCAGGCUUCCUACUCGCUCAUCUCCUCCGGUACUCCGUUCCCGGAUUCCCAGGCCACAGCUGCCAGCGUCAGCUCAUCAAGGGGGGAGGUGUUAGGGGCGGCGCAGGCCUCUGUGCCGCCCAACCGAACAGGCGGCACAUGCCACAUUGCUUUUCAAUCUUCACUUCACACGUAAGUGCCGAUCUAGCAACAUCGCUCUCCUUAAGUCUCAUAUAAAAAUCAUAAUUAAAUUAUUAUUUUAUUCUCUUUCGCGUGUGUGCGGUGCUGCUCCGGUGUUCCACGACGGCGACGAA